GCAGCUCACAGAAUCCAUCCACUGGCAGGACAAGGCGUUAACCUAGGAUAUUCGGAUGUGAAAACGUUAACGAAAUGUUUGGAGAAAGCCGUACGAGAUGGAGCUGAUCUCGGUGCUGUAACGUAUCUGCGUGAAUAUGACAGUAAUGGACAACGCCACAAUAUGCCCGUACAAAUAGUUUGUGACUGGCUGAAUCGUCUGUAUCGUACCGAUUUAACCCCAGUUGUAUUGGUGAGGUCGUUGGGUUUGUUUGGUGUCAAUAAGAUUACACCUCUGAAGGUUUGUUCAUAUUCGUUUAUGUUCUUCAUGAAUAAGUGCAACAUCGUUCGCAUAUUCUAUUAUUCAACUUCAGCAUUCAGUCUUCAGUUGUACUUGAAGCGUGCAUUUUCACGUUAUGAGAUUUGUGAUCGUUGGCAGGAAUUAUAA